CACUGGGUGGGGUUUAAGCACGUGAAGACUUGUACCUUCUAAAUAUGUAGAUUUGAGAGAAAUUUCAGAGCCAUCUUAUUCCUACCUCCCAAAAAUGGCAGUCCCCAGCACGAAAAGGUCUUUUCUAUUUCAAUUCUUCGUGAUCAUCAUCUUGUUAUUGGUAAAAAUUAGAGUGUUGAGGGCUUUAUCUUUCAACUUCUCCAGUUUCCGUUCUAAUGGGGAAAACAUGACAUACCAGAGAGCUUACCCACAAAACCAAGUAAUUCUGCUUGCCUCAGGAACUGGCAUGUUCGGCCGGGCCAUGUAUUAUAAACCUCUGCACCUUUGGGACAAUGCCACUGGAAAUCUCACAGACUUUACUACCCGUUUCACUUUUGUCAUCGAUUCUCAAAAUAGAAGUUCUUAUGGAGAUGGGUUGACCUUCUUUUUGGCGCCUCAGGGUUCAAUGAUUCCGGUGAACGCAACGAGAGGAGGAUCUUUGGGUCUUGCAAAUGAUGAUGAGCGAUUAUAUUCAACAUCCAAUCCGUUUGUUGCAGUUGAGUUUGAUAUUUAUGAAAAUUACCAUGAUCCGCCCGGCGUUCGUGAACAUGUAGGUAUCGACCUCAACUCUUUGCAAUCUUUGAAAACUGUGAAAUGGUGGAGUGAUGUCAAGGGUGGAAGAAGGAACGACGCAUGGAUCAAUUAUAAUUCUAGCACAAAGAAUUUGACAGUUGAAUUCACUGGUUUUAGAAAUGGUACCAAUGUGAAGCAGUACCUCGACUAUAAAGUCGAUUUGAGGCUUUAUUUACCUGAGUUUGUAACUUUCGGUUUCUCAGGAGCAACUGGAAAUGCAACUGCAACUCAUACAAUUAACUCGUGGGAGUUCAGAUCAAGCUUAGAAGACCGUGAUUCAACUAGUACAGGAAUAGCAGUAAACCCAAAUCUUUCUGCCGGUAGGAAGAGCAGCAAAACAGGAGUGGCAGUGGGAUUGGGUAUUGGUGGCGGUGUGUUAAUUGCUGGGUUGAUUUUGGUUGGGCUGGGUUGCUUUGGUAGGAACAAAGAUGGGAAAGAUGAAGAAGAAAAUAUGGAUGAUGAAUUUCAGAGAGGAACUGGACCUAAGAAGUUUUCGUAUAAGCGAUUAGCAAGCGCUACAGAUAAUUUCAAUGAUGAAAACAAGUUAGGACAGGGAGGUUUCGGCGGGGUUUAUAAAGGAUUUUUAAGGGACGAAAACUCUUAUAUUGCAGUUAAGAAGGUUUCCAAAGAGUCUAAACAAGGGAUAAGGGAGUAUGCAUCAGAAGUCAAAAUCAUUAGUAGAUUGAGGCAUAGAAAUCUGGUGCAACUUCUGGGUUGGUGCCAUGAGAAAAAGAAUCUUCUUCUUGUUUAUGAAUUUAUGCCUAAUGGCAGCUUGGAUUUCCUUCUUUUCAAAGGAGAAAGCUUAUUGCCAUGGGAGCUGAGGUACAAAAUUGUUCAAGAUUUAGCUUCAGGAUUACUGUAUUUGCACGAAGAAUGGGAACAAUGUGUAUUGCAUAGGGAUAUCAAAUCGAGCAACAUUAUGUUAGAUUCAAAUUUCAAUGCUAAGCUUGGGGAUUUCGGGUUAGCUACAUUUAUUGACCAUGAAAAAGGGUCACAUGCUACCGGUUUAGCUGGAACUCAGGGCUACAUGGCUCCUGAAUGCCUCAAAACAAGAAAGACCAGCAAGGAAUCAGAUGUUUUCAGUUUCGGUGUAGUUGCACUGGAAAUUGCAUGCGGAAGAAAAUCAAUAGAGCACCAGUAUGAGGAGGAUCAAGUUUCAUUGGUACCUUGGGUUUGGGAGUCAUAUAGAAAUAAAAGACUUCUGGAUACAGCUGAUAAGAAAUUAUGUAUGAAUUUUGACAAGAAACAGAUGGAGUGUCUGAUCCUUGUGGGGCUGUUGUGUGCUCACCCAGACCGUAAUCAGAGACCAUCCAUAAGGCAAGUUAUUAAAUUUCUUAAUUUUGAGUUAGCAUUGCCGGAUCUUCAACCAAGUAUGCCUGCUUCCACUUAUGUUCAUACGCUUUAUACGGCUGCACUAGUCGAUUCAGGCCAUGCGCCUUCUCAGUCUUUGACUAUUCUACGUUAAUCCAAUUGUACAUUUUAUUAGUACGAUUAAUGGCAUAUUCUGAUGAUUUUACUAUA